AUAAGCUACUCCAACAAGUGAUGGCCUAUUCAUCCUUGGAAAAAUUGUUACAUCCUUGUGAACGACCAUUAAACGAUUUCCAGCUCUAUCGCAAAGAAAACUUACGGAAUUACAUCAUUUUGGUGAAGAAAAGAAUACCUAACGGACUUGCAAAUGAAGAUUCUUUUAGCUUCUUUCAUAAAGAAAGAUGUAUAUGA